AUGCGGGUAAGUCCUCAAGUUAGAAAGACUUAUUUAGACUUUACGCCUAAAAUAAAGAAAAUACAAAAAUCAGAAAACGAUGGUUAUGUUAGUCCUAGUACUGGCAAUACUCUUCAUGUACUGGAAAACGCUGAAUACGGAUUUGCAACUCCUAUCCGCAAAUAUUAUAAUUUACGAAAAGAAACCCCAGUAACUCCGAACGUAUCAAAUCUUACAAGCAGGACUAGUUCUAAUAGUGACAUUUCAUGUGCAAAAUCCUUAUUAUGCCCACUAUCCAACGAGGAAAUCUGUACAAUAUAUAACACCCAAACGCAGAAUAAUCAAAGUUCAUUGACAAAUUUGAAUAUUUCUACAAUUUAUGGUAAAGAUUUAAAUACAGAUGCAUCUAAUAACAAUUAUACUCCCAACCCUUCCGAGAAAAUCUGUGCAAUAUAUGACACUCAAACGCAAAAUGAACAAAGUUCAUUAACAUAUUUGAAUAUUCCUGCAAAUUCUGCUAAAGAUUUUGAACCCGAUUCAUCUGAUGAUAGUUAUGCUCCCAACUCGUCUGACCUAGAAACUGAUUCUUCUUACUCCGACGAUAGUGAUAGUGAUGAUAGCGUAAUAACUUACUAUGAAAACAGUUCUGAAACCGAAUUAGUUCAAAUACUUGAAAAUACUCAAUGUACAGAAAACAAUAAUUUUGACGAGUGGGAAGACAUUAACGAUACAAAACCUGAUUUCGAUGAAUUCACAGAUAAUUGUAGACCAAACAUUCCGGAUAAUACUAUAACGCCAGCAGAUUUUUACAGUCUAUUUGUAACGGAUGAAAUUAUUGAGCAAAUGGUAAUAAACACAAACAAUUACGCAGAAGAUCUUAUUAGUAAUCUAAGUAAUCUUAAGCCUAAAUCACGCUUGCGAGCCUGGACUCCUACAACUCCAGAGGAGAUGAAAAAAUUUUUAGGAGUGCUACUGGCGAUGGGUCUUGUAAGAAUACCACGUUUAAAUGAUUACUGGUCGAAAAGAAACAUCUACAAUAAUAAAUACAUUAGUUCAGUUAUGAAAAGAGAUCGAUUAACGAAAAUCAUCUAUAACAGAUAA